GGCGCGGCCGCCAGCCCCGGCCCCGCCGCGGCGCGGCCUCCCCCGCCAUGUGAAGCGCAGGAAGAUGCGGAGGCGCAGCCCGGCCGCCCGCGGCGAGGGAUGAGCCGAGACGGGGAGAAGAUGACCGAGGACGCCUACCCAGACGAUGACAGCUAUAUUGUGCGAGUCAAAGCUGUGGUUAUGACCCGAGAUGACUCCAGUGGGGGAUGGCUGCCGCAAGAAGGAGGCGGCCUCAGUAGAGUUGGCGUCUGCAAGGUCACGUACCCAGAGGGCAAUGGAAGAAGUGGAUUUCUAAUCCAUGGUGAAAGGCAGAAAGACAAACUGGUGGUGCUAGAGUGCUUCGUGAAGAAGGACCUGGUGUACACCAAGGCGAACCCGACCUUCCACCACUGGAAAGUGGACAACAGGAAGUUCGGGCUCACUUUUCAGAGCCCCGCCGACGCUCGAGCCUUUGACAGAGGCGUGAGGAAAGCCAUCGAGGACCUCAUUGAAGGGUCUACUACUUCCUCUUCAACGCUUCACAACGAGGCUGAGGUCGGCGACGAUGAUGUCUUCACAAAUGCAACAGAUAGCUCCUCCAACUCCUCUCAGAAAAGGGAACAGCCUGUGCGAACUCUGGCUUCUCCAGCAUCCUGCGAAAAUCAAAGAAUUUGCACUCGUGGGCACCUUCAUGACCAUUACAGCUCUGACCGCUACCAUCUAGAACAAUCAGUACCACGAUCCUACCGACACGUCAACUUUCCAGAUGAUGAUGAGGAAAUAGUACGCAUCAAUCCUCGGGAAAAGAUUUGGAUGACUGGAUAUGAGGACUAUCGCCAUGCCCCAGCACGAGGAAAGAACUUCGAUCCUGAUGACGUGGACUCCUACGUACGUUUUGCCAAAAGCGAGUCCUCAAAACAUGAGUACACUUAUCCUUACGUAGACAACUCAGACUUUGACCUGGGUGAAGAUAUCAAGGGUGCUGUGAUAAAGACUCAACCUGUCAAAUUCAAGCCCAGACGGAAGGAAGAUGGUGAGAGGUCACGGUGCGUGUACUGCAGGGACAUGUUUAACCAUGAGGAGAACAAACGGGGUCAAUGCCAGGAUGCUCCUGACCGCAUCAAGACUUGCAUCCAUCGAGUGAGCUGUAUGUGGUGUGCAGACACUAUGCUCUAUCACUGUAUGUCCGAUCCAGAAGGAGACUUUACAGAUCCUUGUUCGUGUGACACCAGUGAUGAAAUGUUUUGCCUCCGGUGGAUGGCCCUUAUCGCCUUGUCUUUCAUUGCUCCAUGUAUGUGCUGUUACUUGCCGCUUCGGGCUUGUUACCACUGUGGGGUCAUGUGCAGGUGCUGUGGUGGAAAACACAAAGCUGCUGGAUGACUACAAAUGAGUUCGGUGUGUUAUGUUUUUCCUGUAGUUCGGGGAACACAUUGGUUUUGGAGCAUUGAGAUCACUUUUUUUGAUGCAGCCACUGUGCCCAGCAGCAUCCAGAAACCACCAGUUUGGAUCAUUUUACGUUUGAUCGUCUGGGGCUCACACUGCAUUGAUUUGCUCAUCAAGUGUUCUAACUAACUAACGUACAGCAUAGACUUUUGUAUUAUUAAUCUGUAAUCAAACAGACUGUCUUGUACAUGUUUAUAUUAUUUUUUCAGUUAAAAUGAGUUUAAGAACUGCUUUAAAUGGUGGUGGAUUGUAGAACAUCUCCAGGUUGUGUCCGUCUUGCCUCUGCUCACACGGUACCAUCAGUGUGUCAGCAAGUUUUGGCAUUUCUCUAAGCGGGGUGGUGUAGUGAACGAGAUCUCACUUGGAAGAUAUUUUAACUUGCUGUCAAGUUAUUGUGUGUAUGGAAGGUGUGCUAGUAACAAACUUGUACCACAACACAGUAUUUCUGUCACUGGUUUUCUUUUGUUUUGUUUUUUUUUUUGUUCUGUUUUCCAAAGCCAAAAUAGCCAUGUAAGCUGCAGUUUCUCUUCUAGAGUCCAUCGUCAUUUCCUUCAGCAAACAUCUUAAAUUAUUUCUCUGUUCUUAAAGCUCUGUGAUCAGAAAUCAAAGCUCAGUUACCAUAGUCACAUAACCAUUGAGAAUCUGGUAGUUCUCCUUACCUGUAAUCAUUUCAGACCACUACUUGAAAGGGAAACUUUACAUGUUACUGUUUUCUUUUUUCCCUAAAUAACUUUGGAAAAAUAAAACUCUGUUUUCAGAGUUCUGCCCAAAAGAAGGGAACUUUUUCUUUAGACAGCCAUGUAAUGAUUUGAGUAUAAAACACUACAGUUCCGGAUGAGGAAAAUUGUUGUUAUGCAAAGAAUUAUUAACAAUGCAAUGUCAAAAGCACUAUUGCAAUCCAUGGCAAUUCUGGGGAAAUGCUGCAUUAAGUGGUGGAUUAUAUGGAAAAUAGUAUUUGUUUAUUUUUUUCUGUAUAAUACGUGAGCACGAGAACACGUGCGUUCACGGUAGAAACUACAUUCAGCAGUCUAAACAGGUAUUGAAAAUCAAAAGCCAGGAUGUUAACCACCACUUUCAUUUCCUGACCUACGGUUCUGAUUCUCCGGAUGCUUACAGAUGUCCAAUGUAAUGCAUAUGCAACCAGCAUUUGUGUAAUUCUUUGUAUAGGAUUAAUCACAGGAGUCUUUGCAGGAGCCAGACCGAAGCGUCUCCCUCACUUUCCCCUCCCUAGUUCACCACCCAGAUUUAUCAAGUGGAUGCAUAAGGUGCAUACAGCGGGAUAAAAUUACUUUAAUUUUUUUUAAAUGUCAUGUUGUCUUGUGUACAAGGCUUGUAAUUAGCUGGAAAAAAAAGAGUAUUUUUCUAAUAUAUUACAGGAAUAGCCAAAUAAUUUUUAUUAAAAAAAAAAAUGAUUUAGCGCAGUGAGCUCUAACUAGCAUAGUACAAUCUGAAUACUUUGAGGCAGCUAGGGAUUGGCUUGUCAAAGCUGGCACUGCUGUUCCUGCCAUAAUUUCUUUCUGCAGUAAAUUGCCAGUGAGCGCAUGUCCUUUCCCUCCCUCUAUUGCACAUUGACAUCAGUCUUAAAAGAGAGGAUUUUUUUUCUUUUU